AUGGAGCGUGAAAACGUAGACACGGAACUUCUUAUUGCCGAAAUUGAGAAAAGGUAUCGCAGUAACCAUCUCCGCCAAGAUGGGGGCCUAUGCUUCGAGAUUCCCCCGUGGCAACAUCAGCCGGUUGUGUUGGAGGAACACCUCGUUGGUCUGAGGCUGAGGUGGGGGAACUCCUCCGAUUCACGACGGCAGUUGAGAUCGCAACUCGCUUUGGCUAAUAGUGAAAUAUCUCGAUACAUGGACACAGUCCUGGCUCCAUUCCUGGACACUUACCACAGAAACAUACAGAACUCCUACCAGCAGUUAACUGGCAAGAUAUUGAGGAGAAUCAAAGACGAGAUCAAUGGAGCCAUACAGAAGAAACAGAUGAUUUACACUGAGUUGACGCAGUUGGCUGAUAAUUUGAAAGUACCAGGCAUGUGCGAAGAAGAAAGGCGAGCAGCUCGCACUCUCGCCAGCAGACAUGUCUCCUCAAUCUACGCCUGUACUGAAGAGGCUCGUGGCUCCAUUGCCAAGAUGGGAAAGUAUGCUGAGGAGAUGAUCGGGAUCACCAGGAACCAUAUGCAGGCGACACUGGUAGAAGCCACCAGGGCGUUUGAAGAUCAAGACUUGGGGGCGCAAAGGAGUGCUGUCUUGCCAAAAACCGAUGUCUCCUCCUGUCUAGAAGAGCUCUCUCGAGCAGCAGUCAUCCUUGGCUACGAGCUGGACCUCAGCCUUACCAACGCCAGAAGACAUAACGAACAGUCCUGCGAAAGACUGACUUCUUGCACGUCCAGGGCCAGAAGACAUACAGAAGAGGAGAUCGUUGCUUUAAGAGACCAGAUCUAUCAGUGUGUUUUUGCAUGAAAUCGCCGAGAAAAUAUUU